UAAUCUUUAUAGCAUUGGUUAAUAUGAAAAAAUUAUUAUGAUAGCAUUAGCAUGAUAUGUGAAAGCACUUUCAUGUUACACAAUAUAUAUUAUGAUAUUUAGAUUAAUGUGAAACAUGUAAAGAAAAAAGAGAAAAAGAAUGUAAAACGUAAAAAAAACUAUGAAUUAAAAAAAUAAUUAUUUAUAUUGCAUGUUUACAUCAAAUAUAAUAUAACAUACAGUUAAAUACCUGGCACUGUAAGUAUUGAUGUCUGUUCAGUGUUACAAAACUACUGACAAUAUUUAUUACAUGCUACUCUCUGAAGAGUUUUGAGACGCAAUUUAUCACAAUAAAAAAAUUUACGUUUAAAAAAAAAUUGAACGUUUUAACACUGCUCCAUAUCUAAUACAAUUGCCUACGUUUCCCAUCAGCCCCAGCUCUCCGUCCCACCGUAUCCAGGAAGUAAUGUGCACGUUGUCAAGCAAACUUCCCCCGCAGGAUACAGCAGCAUUACCCAAGUAGAUAGCUUGAAAAACAGGGGAAAAGAAUAAAAAUGUUGGACGAACAUAGAAUUAUUAUUUAUUGAUGCUUUGUAAGGUCAUUUUUUGUUUUGUUUGAACACGUGACGUGUAAACAGAAACGUUAUAUAUAUUUUUUAAAUAGGUGGAGAGUUAACUUAAGGCUGGUAAGUGAAGAUGAAUCCAGUUAGGCAUCCAGGCACUGCUUAUUCUUUUGUGACAGAGUUUGAGGGUUCUGGGAAAAUAAACCCGAAUCCUGUGACUGCUAAGGACUCAGAUCUGCUAUUUGAUAUUUACCUCUCUCCUGCAAAGCUGAGAAACCUGUCUGGGUCUGAUGAUCUACAGCAGGUCACAAGCUUGGAGAUGCGUGUUGACACCCGGGAAACUAUCUUGGGCAAUUUUGGUGUUCACUUGCCCAAUCUUGUGCAGCUGAAAAUGAACAACAGUUUGAUCUUAUCUGUGCGGGAUCUUGGAAUCAGUCUGUCCCACCUCCAAGUGCUCUCCCUGGUUCGAUGCGGCCUAGUCGACUUGGAAGGGCUCCUCUCACUGUCCUCGCUUAAGGAGCUGUAUGUGGCCUACAACAAUGUGUCAGACCUGAGCCAGGUAUGCAUGCUGGAACAGCUGGAACUGGUGGACCUCGAGGGGAACGAUGUGGACGACCUGGUUCAAGUGCAGUACCUGGGUCUGUGUGGGAAGCUAAAAACCCUGACAUUGGAGGGAAACCCUGUAUACACCUGCCCCCGCCCAGGAGCAUCACAGGUACAGGUGUCUGAGUACAACUAUAGGUCUGCCGUGAGGAAGCUAAUUCCACAACUUCAAGUCCUCGAUGAUGCUCCAGCAGAGGAAGAAGAGCCUCGCUGCUCUAGCUCUAUGAUGGCGGACUGGGCUCUGCUGAAAAACUCCAUUAAAGACACUACCUCCAUUACAGACAUUACCGAUGACUGCCUGGAACUCAUGGAAUUAAGAGGCGCAAGUGUGUGUGACUUGUCACGACCCAUGUCUGCCCAGCGCCCAGGCACCAGUGUGGGAUACAGCAGUCCUCUCAGUCGCCCCAGCACUGCCAGGCCUCCUUCAUCCUCCGUCAGCUCCAGACCAAGCUCAGCUGAUUCGGAUGCAGAUACUCCAAACUACGAGACCAGUGAUUUGACACACGGGGUGGGAAGAGUUCUCUUUUGUGGGAAUCCUCUUCAGGCCAUUCGGGCACGACGACAGAAAAUAAAGCUUCAAGGCCCCAACUCUCACUCCAGACCCUGUACUCAGCUAAGUAGCUAUGUCCCUGAGCACACAUAUGAUGUUGAAGAAACAAGCAGUCAGGACCGCAGUGAUGUGUUCGCUGAUCUCAGAGCCUGGAGGAAAGAACAUAACAAACGUCUUUUGGCCAUUGAGAGAGACCGUCAGCCACAGGUGAUGAGAAUCGUGCAUAACGACGAUGAUGAUGAUGAUGAUGAUGAUGAUGAUGAAAAUAAAGACAGCAGUAAUGAAUAUGAUGAAGGGGCCCAUAGUCUCAGCCUCAUCAGUGACAGAGAAGACCAAGACGAAACCCAGGAAGGACAAAAGACUGGCCACAUAGAUAACAAGUCUCCUGAUUCCUCGUUCCAGUCUCUUUCACCAGAGGCCUCCAGGCUCUUAUCUUUAUCAGACCACACCAUGGCUCCAUCUCCACCACCCAGAGGUGCAGCACCCUCUACUGACAAGAGGAUAGCAGAGAUUCGAGCCCGCAGACUUAAAAUCAGUAACAUGGGGGUUGAUAUGCAAAAGCUUACCAGGGAAACUAUUAGAUCAGAUGUAACAGCAUCAAGAGAUAUGAACCAUAAUGUUCUGUGCCCUGGGGCUUUGAAAAUGCAACCUGCCCCACCUCAGAUCCUCUGUAACCCUCACAGACAAGGCUCCAGCCCCGGGAUCACGCCACAAAGGGAACGCUGUUCAGGAACUAGUCUACCCAACAGUGAGCACAAGCCAAUCAUUUGCUCAUUGAUGCCUGAGAGGACAACAUCCACACGCCCUCAUACAGCAAGAGCUGCUCUGCAAAGACCUCUUGUCCAUCCCAGUAAAGCAACUGGCCACCUGGACUGAAGCUUUCUGCUUCUCAGACACUGUGGACUGCUUAUAUCUUUCUGGUGGACAUUUUAAAGCAGAAGCAUGUGGACUGAAUGAUGGAAAGAAAGAUGCGUGAUUAAGAGUAAUGAUCUCUCCCACUCCAUCAGCCAGACUUAGUGGCUUAGGGGUUAUGGAUACCUUGGCUACGUGGACAAAUUGAAGACAGUGAGCUGUAUCAUGUAAUGAAAGUUUGGUCUUCUCAGGAAAUAUUUUUAAAGAAAUAAAUUGUUUGUCCAAAAAGAAUACAAAAAAAUUUUUUUACACCUUCAAAUGCUGUUCAUUAACAGCUGGUCCACCUCCCAUACAGUAGAACAGACAUAACUUUGAAUCAUAUUUUAUACACCACUAGGGGAUGCUCUUUGAAAGCCAACACCCCCAUGUUUACAGCCUUUAAUUAAUGGCUUUUUUAACAUACGGCCCUUGUGCAUCCUUAUGGACAUUUUUUAAAAUUAUUAUUAUUAUUUUAUCUGUUAAAGAAAACAGCAUAAAUUUUGCAAAAUGUGUAUUUCUAUUGGAAUUUUAAUAUUUUGCCCUCAUUUGCUUUCAUAAAUCUAUUUUAAACUAGGCACACACAAUAGUUACACUCAGGAAGUUAAGGACAAAAAUGUCCCCAUUGAAACCCAUUCAAACUGCAAUACUUAAUCCCUGUGACAUUUAAGCAUAAAAUCAUGCAUUUUGCGUUAACAGCCUUUUAUUUAGUUGACAGGUUUCAAAACGUUGAAUUUUUAAAUUAUGAAAUGUGUACUAUUUUCUCAGCUUUAGCCUCUGGGGAAAAUAUAUGCUUUUCCUUUUUUUCUGAUUCUGCUGUAUUAUAGAGAACUGCAGACCAACUGAAUAAAUGAUGCAG